AUGAGCUCCACUACCCACGUCGGCUUCCAGAGGCGCCCCGUCUCAAGCCUCAUCUACGGGACAGCCAAGCCCCGACCUGCGUCGCGGAUAUAUCGUCCCCUCCCGCCUGGCAGCAUCCGCCUCCUAAAGGUGCUGCCCGCCGCUGCCGACGCGGACACAGUCGCCCUCCAGCUAGGAUCCAUUCAGUUGGAGGAUGCCGGUCCGUAUGAGGUCCUGUCGUACGUAUGGGGAGACGCUGCCGCGGACGAAACGAACGUGGUUCUGCUUAACGGCACGAGUCUGCGUGUGACGACGAGCCUGUUCAGCGCCCUGCGCCGGUUUCGAGAUCCUUUGGAAACGCAAACGUUUUGGAUCGAUGCUCUUUGUGUGGACUGGACGGACUUGGCGGACCGCAGCCAGCAUAUCGGCGGCCUGUUGAUGCAGGUUUACGCCAAGGCGCAGGCGGUCGUCAUGUGGUCUGGCGAAGAGGGCGAUGUGAACACGGGGAUGCUGUUCAAGACGGCCAAGGCGAGUCUGGAGUCAAGGCUAUCCAAAGCACGGCUGUGA